AUGGGCCACGUCGACCCCCACACCAUCAAGAUCAUCCCGGCUGCCGCCAAGCGCUUCAUGAGCGCGCCGCGGUACGCUGUUGUCGGACGUGUGCUCCAGGACCCGGCCAAGUUUGACAACAAGCUCAUCCGUUGGUACCAGGAGCGCAAGAUGAACGUGACGCCCGUGCGUCCCGCGUCGGACCGGUUCGACAACUCGAAGCCCGUCGAGGGCCUCAGCGUCGUCGAGUCGCCUCUCGCCCUCCCCGACCUCCGCAACACGUCGCUCUCGAUGAUCAUCUCGCCCAAGCUCGGCUACGACUUCCUGAAGCAGCUGUACGCCGACCCGGCCAAGAAGCCGCACAGCAUGUGGUUCCAGCCGGGCGCUGAGAACGACGAGAUCGAGGCCUUUAUCAAGGAGCACAACCUCUCUGACGAGAUUGUGAUCGGCGGCCCCUGUGUGCUUGUUCACGGCGACGAGGCGCGCCAGCAGGCCGGUAAGGCGUAG